AUGUUGACUGGUGGAUUACCGUUUCGAGGGCGCCGGGGCGGCGGGCGACGACAGGGAAGCGGCCCCUCGUUGAUGUCGACGCCCUGGGCUGGGUCAGGAGGAGGCGGGCGUAAUGCGUCUACGGCAGAGUGGAUGAAUGGAAUGGUCACGGCAAUUUUGCAGAGAAACGGAGAGCUAUUCUCUGAUCUCAUUCGUGAGCAAGAAAGACUGAUACCGGAUAACGAGGUACGGAGUAUGCCAGAAGCGGUCGUGAGUGCAAUUCCUCAUGGAAAGCUAAGAGAGGCAGGCCUUUCGAAGGGAGGUGAAUCCCUCUACAAGAAGCUUCUUCAAGAAUUUCUGCGUCUGCGCCAGCUUCAAGCACGCCACCCAGUGCGAUGGAAUGAAGUCGUCAAGCAGUGUAUAGCACUGCUCGAUAUUUACAUUGAUGUUUAUGUCGAUCCGAGUUUAGACUCCUGUGGCUGGCUUGUCCCGGGACUUGCAGCGUUGUGCAGUAUCAUGAACAAAGCCGCCUACGCUGCUGAUAACGCUCAAGAUGAGACAGCAGAUUUUAUGGAUGAUGACGACGUCCCGGAAGAUGAGGAGACCCAGAAUAGAUACACGAAGGAAGUCCUUAAUGCCAUUCGGCCGAAAUUAGGCAAAGUCAGGGGUGAUGAAGAGCGCCAUGGCGCGUACAUUGUCCUGCUAGGACAGUCAAUCAAGCGAUGCCUGCAGCUUGGAAACAUGCAGAUGGCGGCCGGGUUUCUCAAGCUGUGCGACUCAAAGCAAAUCAACUUCUCGCGGGUUCCUCGUGGGCCAAUCGUUAACUUCCGGUAUUAUCUCGGCAAGCUUUACAUGCAACAAGAACAGUUUGAACAGGCAGAGGCAGAGCUUGUGUGGGCAUUCACUCAUUGCCCGGCAGCAAACAUCAACGUACGAAGGAAUAUUCUAGAAUGUUUAAUCCCCGUGCGAUUGCGCAUGGGAAAGGUACCGCAUUUAGAGCUACUGCGGGCGUACAGGAUGGAGCACUAUGUGCAGAUUAUUACAUCCAUGAAAACAGGAAACGUGUCAAGUUUCGACAAAACCAUGGAAACUCACGAACGAAUUUUAAUAAAUCAUGGUACCAUCCUGUGUGUUGAGAGGAUCAAGUUCAUCGUCUACAGGACGUUAAUGAAGCAUGUAAAAGAAUGGUGGUUAAAAAGUGGGCUUGCGUCGAAGCCGAACAUAGUGCCGAUUGCAGCUUUUUCAGCGGCGCUGAAAUGGCAGAGCGAUACCCUUUUCGAUGAUGAUGAAAUGGCGUGUAUCAGCGCGAACUUGAUUCGCAUGGGAUAUAUAAAGGGUUACAUCUCGUGGGAGCAUAUGGUGAUCGUCUUUAGUAAUCAGAACCCAUUCCCCAGUCUACGUACUAUGCGGCCAAGCUAG